AUGUAUGUGGUUGAGGUGUGCUCAAGUGUGAUUCGCCCGCAAUGUGAAGAACGAUUUCUCAUCUAUCGGUAUACGGAUGUACCGGUGGCGUGGCGUGCUCUACACACAGAUGCGAUUCUGAUUAGCAGUGCAGCCACAGUUCUUUUGACACAGUGCGAAUCUGCAUGCACACGGCGUUUUCUUGAGGCUCGCGUUCGAGAUUUAGACUUGGCCCUCAUCAUGUCAGGCACACCUGGGCAUGAACGUGAAGGAUGGGUCCAUAGUCUAAUCGCAGAGCUCCAACAGCACCUACUAAUUCCAGACAACCAGCGACACGGGAAGAGUCGCAAAUACAACACAGUCGUUGACAGUGUGCGCAAGCCAAUGUUCGACGCAGCAGCCAAACAGUGUAUCCACGAAUGCGAACGGCUUCCAUCCCGUUCAGAGUUCCUUUCGUUUUGUCCUAGUGGCAAAUCGACAUCCUACCCCUAUGGCCAUCCGUUCAUUGUGCGUGGAUUUGCAAAGGACUGGCCAGCUAUAACGCGCUGGCGUGAUGGAGAGGAUUUAUGCCGACGAGCUGGACCGGGGCGUGUUGUACCAGUUGAACGAGGCGACAAGUAUACGGAUAGUGACUGGGGCCAACUAAUCGUGCCAUGGCGCGAAUUUCUUCGGCGAAUUGGGUGGAUGGACGACUGCGGCGAUCACUCACCAAACGAGCGACUAUACCUUGCGCAGCAUAGUCUUCACACGCAAUUCCCAUGGCUUUUACACGAUAUCUUGGUGCCCGACUACGUGUAUACCUGCCCGCCAGUACCACUAUACAUGCCUGAAAGAGCCAGUGACGAUAUGGACCCGAUUAUCAGUGUGUGGCUUGGCCCAGAAUCGACGGUAUCACCGGCGCAUACAGACCCUUAUUACAAUUGCUACGUGCAAGUCGUGGGUCACAAGCAUGUGUGGGUAGCGCCGCCGAACAUGACAGACGAGAUGCAGGUGUAUGCGGCGGCUAGUGACGGGAAGAAGCAUGUGCUCAUGAGCAAAGAGAGGACACAAACAACUGCGACAACGUCGGAGGACGGAGAAUCCACAGAUUCCGACGACAUGGACAUGUUCACACAGCUGAUGAAUAACACCUCACAGGUUGACGUAUUCAGCUCGACACCGCUUCCGACUGGCUUUGUACAAAAUGUCGUGCCACAUGCACAGCAUGCUGAACUGCAUCCAGGUGAUAUGUUGUUUAUGCCACCCUUAUGGUGGCACGCACUUCAAAGCACAAGCAAGGUACGUAUAGUGAGUGGCACUACGACAGAAACGAACAGGAUAGAGUUUUUCCGUGUCAUUCUGGUUCUAAAGACGCACGCAUGCGAGAGAAGCAUGCAUUCCAUGUGA